AUGUCCCGGGCCAUCACCUGCCUCAAGCAGCGGGGGGAUGGCGGGGAGACCCCCCCCACCCCACCUGGAUCCCCACUGGUCUUCCCGCGGGAGACGCUGUUUCGGCAGGUAAGCGGGGUCACCUACCGCAUCCCGGCUUUGCUCUACAUCCCCCCGGCCGCCACCUUCCUGGCCUUCGCCGAGAAGCGCUCCUCGGCCAGGGACGAGGACGCCAAGUACCUGGUGCUGCGCCGGGGCCGCUGGCACGGCUCCUCGGUCGAGUGGGGUCCGGUGGAAGAGCUGUCGGCGUUGGUGCUGCCCGGCCGCCGCACCAUGAACCCCUGUCCCCUCUACGAUACGAGGAGCGGCACCGUCUUCCUAUUCUGCAUCUGCGUCGAGCGGGGAAAGACGGAGCGGUGCCAAAUCUGGAGGGGCUGCAGCGCCGCUCGCCUCUGCUACGCCACCAGCGCCGACGGCGGCCGCCGCUGGACCCCGCUGCGGGACGUGACGGACGAAGCUGUCGGCGCCGACCUGUCCCGUUGGGCCACCUUCGCCGUGGGGCCGGGCCACGGGGUACAGCUGGAUUCGGGGCGCCUGGUCGUGCCGGCAUACACCUACUACGUGCAUCGGUGCUUGUGUGGGGUCGUGCCGCUGCCUUGCUGCACCCGGCAGCACGCCCUCGUCUUCUACAGCGACGACGGCGGGCGCCGCUGGCGCAAGGGUGCCUUGGUCGGCGGCGGGCAGACGGGCGAGUGCCAGGUAGCCGAAAUCGGUGGGAGCGAUGCCCGCCAGCCCUUGCUCUACUGCAACGCCCGAGCGCCGCGGGGUUGCCGGGCCGUGGCGUUCAGCACCGACUGCGGGCUGCGGUUCGAGCGCUCGGCGCGGUGCGAGGCGCUGGGCGAACCGCCACGGGGGUGCCAGGGCAGCGUGGUGAGCUUCGCCGCGCCGACCGGCAAGGAGGAUGUACCGACUUGGUUACUCUACUCCCACCCCACCGACCGGCACCGCCGGCGCGAUUUGGGCAUCUAUCUCAACCCCUCGCCGCUGGACGAAGCGGGUUGGCGGCACCCAUGGGUGCUGCACCCAGGGCCGUCCGGUUACUCUGACCUGGCUGUGUGCCCCGGCGGUUUUUUCGGCUGCUUGUUCGAGUGCGGCACCACCAGCGCCUGCGAGGAAAUCGCCUUCUGCCUCUUCACCCUGGACACCUCUGACCGCGGCGAGCAGAACCUCAAAACUUCCUAA